AUUUAAGAUGCAUGCCUUUAUUUCUUUAAUUACAUUUGUGCUUCUAUUCCAUGUUGAAGUUAAAGGCAUCAUGAGAUUAUAACAUCCCAUGAUUGUUUUAAUAUGAGAUCUGCAGUUUGCUUUUAGAGCUUACAAUACUGAAUCAACAAAUUACUGAAGCAUUGAAUUGUUACAGGGUGGGGACACAAAUUUGUGUAUGGGAGGGAAAAAGGUUUUGAAGGUUCUGGCAAAAAGGGAAAGUCUGUUUGGGAUCAAAUCACUGGUGAUACAUGUGUGAUCAUUACAAACUGGGUGCAUUUAAAGAUAAAGCUGAAAAAUGACUCCACUUUUGUUUAACUCUCUUCUCUUGUUUUGUCUUCUCCCAUUUGUGGUUCCUCUGUUGUGUUAUGUCUGUGUGUUUCCUUCUAUCUCUCCUCUGGACUGUCUUAAGUUCCCAACCAAGUGUCCGCCAGGUCAGCUUUGUUUGUCGAGCAAAGCAAACUACCUGUAAGGAGAUUUUGAGGUUGUGUUGUAUGAGAAGAGCUGUGUUCUUUCUGCCCUGUGUGGUUUAACCGGAGAGAAGUUUGCCAUGGGUUUAAACUUCACCUUCAACAGUGACUGCUGCGAAACGAAACUGUGCAAUGGCAUAUCAACCAGUUCUGCUUUCUUCUUGUCCAGUGCUAUGCUGUCAGUUCUUCUGACAUUUAUUUAUGCACAGUAAACCCAACAAAUGAA